CGGUUGUUGACGUUUAGUUCACGAUUUGCAGUCAUUGUAUUUCCGUAAUCUGAGUUCUUUUCUGAUUUUCGUGUGCUUAUUCAUUAAUUCCUGCAUUGACGGUUCAAUCCGGUUACAAAAUGAGCUCUACCGGACGCGAGGGACACUCUGCCGGAAUGCAGAUGUCCACCUCAAGCACGGUUCUGAGCCUGGCGGAGAAGCAAAAGUACAUCGAAGAUUACGACUUUCCGUAUUGCGACGAAUCUAGUAAGUACGAGAAAGUGGCGAAAAUCGGCCAAGGAACUUUUGGCGAGGUGUUUAAAGCACGCGAAAAGAAAUCGAACAAAAAAUUUGUCGCCAUGAAGAAAGUUCUGAUGGAUAACGAGAAAGAGGGAUUUCCCAUCACUGCCUUACGGGAGAUCCGCAUCUUGCAAUUACUGAAGCACGAGAAUGUAGUCAACCUAAUCGAGAUUUGUCGAACCAAAGCCACAGCAAAUAAUCGAUACCGAUCAACAUUCUAUCUUGUGUUCGAUUUUUGCGAGCACGAUCUAGCGGGACUGCUGUCCAACAUCAAUGUGAAGUUUAGCCUGGGUGAAAUCAAGAAGGUUAUGCAGCAGCUUCUCAAUGGAUUAUAUUACAUUCACAGCAAUAAGAUCUUGCAUCGUGAUAUGAAAGCUGCCAAUGUACUUAUCACUAAGAACGGUAUACUAAAGCUAGCAGAUUUUGGGCUGGCUCGAGCUUUCAGCAUUACCAAAAAUGGCCAAGCAAAUCGUUACACUAAUCGAGUAGUUACACUGUGGUACCGACCACCGGAAUUAUUGCUGGGUGACCGAAAUUAUGGUCCUCCAGUCGAUAUGUGGGGUGCUGGUUGUAUAAUGGCGGAAAUGUGGACACGUUCACCCAUCAUGCAAGGAGCCACUGAACAGCAGCAGCUGAUUUUCAUCUCGCAAUUGUGUGGCUCAUUUACACCAGAGGUUUGGCCAGGAGUCGAGAGCUUGGAACUGUAUCAAAAAAUGGAAUUGCCCCAGGGGCACAAGCGUAAAGUGCGCGAUCGAUUGCGGCCAUAUGUCAAAGACACCAACGGUGUUGAUUUGCUAGAUAAGCUGCUAAUAUUAGAUCCAAAGGAGCGAAUUGAUGCUGAUUCUGCUCUCAACCAUGACUUUUUCUGGACUGAUCCGAUGCCUUGCGAUCUGAGCAAAAUGCUGUCGCAACAUACGCAAAGUAUGUUUGAGUAUUUGACACCACCCAGAAGACCCGGCCCGGUACGGCAGUAUACGCAGCAGAUGGUCAACACAAUGCAGGCGCGACCACAGGAUAACAGCUAUCAAGAUAGGGUUUAUUAAGGUGGUUUAGAUGACUUCCGUUCAGCCGACUGAAUAUAUUGCCCGCGUUUCCGUAGGCGUUAAACGUUAUUUCUCAUUACAUUGAACUGUACACAUAAUUUUCGAGUUUCUAUAAAUAUUAUUCAUCAUUA